AUGAAAAUAGUAAUAAUCCUAAGUAUAUUAGCAAUAAAAGGGAUAUUUUGCUCAGAUAAUGAAGUACCACCAAAAAAAGACACCAACCCACAGCAAGACAAUAUUGAUUUAACCGAACCAAAGAACAUAGGAAACAUGACAGAUUUAAUUAAUUUUAUUAACUAUAGAAAUGCUUAUACAUGGAGAAGAAUGAAAAGCACUAAAGUAAUGUCUACUAAAAACAAUGAAAGGCCAUUUGAUAUGAUUAUGGAACGGUUUACAGAUCAUUCUACGAGAACAGAAAUAAUUCUUGAUAUAGGUGGCUCAGAGGAAAUGAACUGCAUUCUUAUAGAUGAGAUAAAAAAUGACGGCAUCAGAGAAAAAAACAAUUUAGAAAGAAAUCAUAUUAAACAAAGCUCAGUUAAAAAAAUGUCUGAAGAGCUUCCUAGUUUAAAUGUACAGGUACAGUAUGUUUAUAAGGAAAUGCGAGAGCAUAUUGAAAGUUUUGAGAAUUACAUAGAAAUCUUAAUAGAAGAAAUGAAUAUGUUAGAUAAUGACUCUAGAAUCGGGUAUUCUACUAUACUUUCUGUAGUAGAAAAUACAUAUUUGGUAUUGCAGCAAAGCAAGAAGGUUAUCCGUAAAAUGCAUUAUUUAUACACCCAGAUGGAUGACAAUAGGUAUAAUGCGAUAGGCAAGCAUCCGAUUAUAGUGGGCGAAGAAAAGAUCUUUUCGUAUAAAGAUAUAGAAAAGAACAUAGUAAACAUUAUAAAAUGCAUGGAAGAGAUAGACGACAUGGCAGAUACAAUUCCAAGAUUUGAAAAUAUGACUCCUACGAGGUUCUUGCCUAGGAUGAAAGAACUGCUCGAUACAAAAGAAAAAAUACUGAGCGAAUUCCCAGUAAUAAAAACAAUUAACACAGCACUCGAAAAAGAGGUUAAAAAGUGCUUCUAUCGGCUGAAAUUAGGAAAUAGCAACAGUAUAGCCGUGAUUAAGGACAGGUAUGACUGCCACAGUGACGAGUUGCCUAUUUCCUUAUCUAGAAAGACUUAUACCACUUCUAUAUCCAACGAGUCCUUUUCAUGGGGCGAUAGUGUGGUAUCUAUAUAUAAUUGCAAUGAUAAAGACAUUGUAUAUAUUUCAAUUAAAUAUAACCCGAAUGGCCAAUGCCUCCCAGGAAAAAGCAAAUUUCAUCUGAAGCUCAAUAUUAGACUAAAUGACAUAAUGUUCCGAACACUAAUCAAUGCAAUUAUAGGAAAUGUAGUUAUUCCACUAACAGAAUGUGGUGCGCCAACUAACAUUCGAAGUUUAGAACUUGCUAAUCACAACCCAAUUAACAGUUUAGACUAUCCCAUUUCCUGCAUUAGAAAAGAAAAAAACAACAACUACUGUAAGUAUUACUCAGGAAAAAUAAGACAUGGUGUGGUACCAGGCCGGGGAAUUAUACUAGGCCCGUCUGGAAGCGAAAUCCUGAGCAAUUUUAAAGUUAAGGGACUUAUGACAGCAGUAUUCAUAAAUAAUAUGGACAUUUCCCAGUGCCUAAUAAGCUGGUACAACAGAAACAAUUCAAUACCUUAUGACCUCGAAAGAAUAAAAAAGGAGAAUGACAUCCUAAGGAUAGUGCCCACUAUAGACCCUGUCUCUACUUCACUCAAUGGCUUAGACCCCACAGCGUCAAAAGAGUUCAAAAUAUGUACGCAGUACAAAACCAAUGCAACAAUAACAAUUAACUUUAACUAUCCAAAUAUUCUUCUUGACUAUGAUUUGAACAUAUGGAACAAUCCAUUUAUUUUGUGGUCAGAUAAAGUCCAUAAAGACGUCAUUUGGUAUAAAUACUUAAACAAAAAAACACAAACAAUAGUGACAAACAGAAUUAUUACCGCCGAAAACAACCAAUCCGCACAAGUUUUGUUUGGACUACUGAGGUCUCGAGAUAUAUAAACAAUGCCACCAAAACGUAUCUUUAAAGAUAUUAUGUGUUUAUUUCAUAUAUCAUAUUUCUACUAUAAACAAACACUUAUGCUAAUAAACCAC